UAAAUUAUUUUUAUAAUAGUUUUGAAAAUAAAAAAAAACACAAUUUUCUAUUAACAACUAACAAAUCAAUAAAUUUAGAUAAUGGCUGAAAAUUUUACCAGAUCAUAUACUUAUAAAUCAUCGGAAAAUGUCGAGGAAUUUCUCAAAGUACUCGGAGUUCCCGAUGACAAGAUAGCCCAGUGGUCCAAAGUUCAGCCAAACGGUGAGAUUAGCAAACAGGGAGACAAGUGGACCAUCAAAACAAUUAUGGCCGACAAAACACAUGAAAUUAACUUUGAAUUGGGCAAAGAGUUUGAUGAGACACAACCCGACGGCACCAAAGUUAAGACAACUAUAGUUAAAGGCGAAGAUAAACAACUAAUUCAAACGCAAACUGACGGCAAAAUUGAGGUCAAAAUUGUUCGCGACUUCAACGGUCCCGAAGUGGUCACUACGGCUACCGUCGGCUCAGUUAAGGCCAAAUGGGUUUAUACUAAAAACGCAUAAAUUUCUAACAAAUUUUUUUUUUUGAAAAAAUAACUAAUUAUACAAAAAAUUGUUAUUUAAUUUAUAUACAUAAAAAUCAAUAAAUUAUUAUUUUUUGAAAAUAAUAAAAAUUUUUUAAAAGUUAUAAAUUUAUUAUUCAAUUCUCA